GGGGAGUGACAUCUUCGGAGAGGAUAACCGAUGUAGCUUCGGUUCUCAACUCCUGUUUUUCUCUUUUCAGUCUCUGCUAGGACAUUUGUACAUGCAUGUUUCUCCUUUGAAACCAGCAGUGUAAUUUUUGUUGUUGGCAACUUAGCAAUAGCAUCUAUCUAGUAGUUGUCUUGGUUUGUUAACAUGCAGGCACCUUACGAGUAUCAGCUGGCCGUGGCUGAUUUCUGGGACGGGAGGGCAACCAUGGAACCAAAUGUGUGGGUUCCUGCCCUCCCUUUGCAGAUGACAGUUGCUGCUCCUGCUAGCAACACUGAUCUUGUCGUCAGCUCCAGUGGACAGCAGGAGCUGAAGCUGGUCGAGGAGAGUCCUGAGUACCAGCACGAGUGGAGCAAUCCGAUUGAAGUGUUCGAGAAAGCAGCUCUAGCAUUUGAGGAUAACCUUCAGCAGAUGGAAACGAAGAUGCACCUGUUCCCUCCAAGCAUGGAAGAACUCUCCAAGUACUCCAAACCCAAGGUGGUAUCCAUUGGUCCGUACCACCACGGCUCGACCGAAGCCAUCCGGCAGAUGGAGAGCACCAAGUACGCGGCCGCCUGCCACUUCAUCAAGGAAUCGCGCCGCUCCGUUGAGGAGGUGUAUGGGGCGGUCUUCACGGUGGCGGGCCAAGCCCGCAGCUACUACGACGCGGACAAGCUGAGGGAGCUCGGCGUCGGCGACAAGGACUUCAAGCCUAUGAUGUUCUAUGAUGGCUGCUUCCUGCUGCAGUAUAUGCUAUUUUUGUGCAGAGAAAACGGCGACGAAGAGAAGCCGACAGCUGAGGUGGAUCCGUGGCUGUACAAUGCUUUCAGCUCCAUCGACCGCCGCAUCUUCAGUGACAUUGUGCUGCUUGAGAACCAACUCCCCUGGGUGGUGGUUCAAAAGCUCAAAGACUUCAUGCCCCCGCCUGGCCUGGACAUGGAAACGGUCCUUGGACGCGUGAAACAUUCUCUGCAAGCGCGGCGGCAUCUUAAAUUCGAUGCUCCUAAAUUGGACGAUAGCUACGUACCGCCGCAUCUCCUUGGCUACCUACGAUUCUAUAUUGUAGGAAGCACCGACGACACUGGUAGUACUAGUCGUCGUACCCCAGUGCCUGAGAUCACCCUAUCUGAAAAGGUCAAGAAACUAUCAAUGUCUGUCAGCGUCAUCGAGCUUGCGGAGAUGGGCAUCAAGCUCAGAGCUGACGAUGCUACAGCAGAGCUAAAGAAGAUGCGCAUCACCAAAGAGUGCUUCACCGGCAAGCUCUUCUUGCCUCCGGUGUCCCUCGACGAUGCCAACGCACGGUUCCUCGUCAACAUGGCAGCUUUGGAACUGUGCAUCACCCCAGAUUUCCGUGUAGCUCAUGAUACACGGUCUACUGUCUGCUCCUACCUCAGCCUUCUAGGGAUGGUCACGGACAAUGAUACUGAUGUGCAGGAGCUACGAAAUAAGCUUAUACUGCAAGGAGGAGGAGGGCUCACCAACGAAGAUGCACUCAAGCUGUUCACCGGGCUCGAGAAGUACCUGCGCCCCGGGAACUGCUAUGACAACAUCAUUGUAGCUAUUGAAAACUACAGGUCCCAUAGGCGGUUGCGGAUCAAGGUGUACAGGUUCUGUUACAGGAACCGCACGGCCAUCAUCGCCACGGUGUCCGCCAUUGCUGGACUUGCAGGUUUCCUGGGGACGCUCAAGUCUUUCCAGUAAGCUAGCUAGCUGCACCUCCUAUUUUGCCAUUACCAGCGUUGCUUGUGUUGUAAUAUCUUGGUGUUCCCUUUCACUACAAUUAAUCACUUCCCUGUAUAUGAUUGAGCUAGUCCC